CCGGCUAAAACUCAGUUAGCAGCUGUCGGUUGGAGGCAAAAUACGUUCAAUUAGCGAAGCGAAGCUGAUAAAAAUAUUUUAUUUUGUUACUAAUUAAAUAACUGCCUACAAAAACAAAACAAAAAAAGAAACAACAAGAGCAAAAACAUGUUAAGCACAAAUUCUAGCAAGCUUUGGGGGUUCGUUUUGCUUUUUUGCUGCAGCUUAGCGUUGGUGUGCGAUGCUCAGGAAAGCACUACAAAUAAACCCUGUCCACCCAACGAGACUUAUACACCCUGUGGUUCACCCUGUCAAACUGAAUGCUCCACGCUGAAUGAGCCAUGUCGGAUACAGAAUAUUCGCUGCCCCGAUGGUUGUUAUUGUAAUGAAGGUUAUGCACGCGAUAGUAAUGGGGUUUGCAUACCGAAGAAAGAUUGCCCGUAAAACUAAAGGAAUGAAGAGUGAAAAAUUGAUAAAUAACCAGGUUUAUUAAAAAUGUAAAAAAAUUAAAAACAAAAUUCUUGUUUUUGAGCAAAAAUGGUAAAAAAGAAAUUGUAUAAGAUUUGAAGGAUUUUAAAGAAAAUAAAUUCGAGUUGAUUUGACUAAAAUACAAAUUUUAGGAAAAAAUGUAUAAAAAAGAUUUGAAAA